AUGGCAUCACCACCGCCCUCGUACACCAAGGUCACUCACUCUGCCACCUAUGCUGGCAUCAAUCCAACCCAGCCAGGCCUCUCUACUGCGGGAAAGGUUGUGUUGAUCACUGGCGCAUCUGGCGGCAUCGGGCGAGCCACAGCCUCAGCCUUCGCUGCAUCGCGCCCCCGGGCCCUCAUCCUUCUCGGUCGACGUGCCGACGCCUUGACUGAAACCGCCGCCAUUGUCCGCAACAGCUACGCAGAGGUGACGAUCCAAACUUACGAGGCUGAGCUGUGCGAUGCUUCGAGCGUCCGCGACACCAUGAACAAGGUGGCUGCCGAGUUUGGCGGCAUCGACAUCCUGAUCCACUGCGCCGGCGUCCUGGCCCCCGUUAUUCCGCUUCUGGAAGCUGAUCCGGCUACUUUCCUGGACGGCUACAAGACUACAGUUGUCGGUUCGCUGGUAACGGCACAGGCUGUCGUCCUAGCGAACAAAACAGUCAGCCCCAACGAGGACCGGCCGAUCAUAUUCGUCAACCUGACCACGGCCGGCAUCAUCUUCCCCCCAUUCACAGGCAUGGGCGCCUAUGUCAGUAGUAAGAUGGCCGCUGUCAAGGUCCUGCAGUCCUUCGCUGUCGAGAACCCGCAAGUGCGUCUUCACAAUGUGCAUCCCGGUUUCCUCGAUACAGCUAUGUCUGCUAAGCUGUCAGAGUCGAUUAAAUUGCCAUUUGCCUUCGAUGAAAGUGAGUAUCAACUGAGCUUGUUCUUUGUGGCUCAUCGCUCUGUGUGUUCAAUUCUAACUAAAGAUUACUCUUUCCCAGUCUCUCUUCCUGCCGAUUUCCUCGUCUGGAUUGUCUCCCCCGAAGCUGAAUUUCUUAAGAACAAGAUCGUCUUCUCUUCUUGGGAUGUUGAGGAGCUUAAGGCUCGCAAGAAUGAGAUUGUCGGUGGCCCGCCGGGAACUGGUGAGCUCUGGCUCGGCUACCAAGGAUUCCCACGAUUCAUCGGUGGCCAGGCAUUGCCAGGCACCCAGUAA